AUGUCCGUCCUGGUGCACGGCAUCGCCGGUCAAACCACCGACGAUCAAACCGACGCAAACGCCCGUCGACAUCGCGGUGAAUUCGUCCGUGGCGUGUCGACCGCCCGCAACUGGGUCACGGACGAUCCCAACGCAGUAUUUCCUGUCGAAAUGGAUCGGUAUCACUUGUACGUUGCGUACAAUUGUCCCUGGUGCCAUCGUGUCUUGUUAGGCCGGGCCCUCAUGGGUUUGCAGGACGCCAUUACUGUCGACGUGCUCUUUCCAAAUCGCAGCAACGAGGAUGAACCAAUGGGUCCGAAUCUUUGGAAAUUUGAACCAGAGGGUCAAGUUGGUCAAAAUGGGGUGCACGUGUCGUUUCCUUCCUGUACUCGGGAUACCGUCUUGGGCAAAAAGUACGUUCCGGAAAUUUAUCAGGCCAGCGGUGUUGAAGAUCAAAAGUCUGUGCCGAUUCUUUUUGACAAGAAAUCCAAGCAAAUCGUAAACAACGAAAGUGCCGAAAUUUUGCGCAUGCUGGGAACCGUCUUUGGUCGACUUGGCAGCCGCGGUACGCCGCUCUUGAACCUGUACCCCGCGGAACGCAUCAAACUUAUUGAUGAGCAGAAUGAUUGGAUCUACAAGGAUAUUGCCAACGGAUCCUACAAGGCGGGGUUUUCGUCCAAUCAAGAAGUGUACGAAAAGGCCUACCAUACGUUUUUUGAAGGAAUGGACAAGCUCGACGAGAUUUUUGCCCAGCAAACCUUUCUGACAGGCGAGGCGGUCACGGAAGCGGAUGUGCGCCUCUUUCCACCGUUGUUCCGGUUGGAUCCAAUCUACUACAGUCGUUUUAAACUUAACAAGGCCUACCUGUGGGAGUAUCCACAUAUUUGGCGCUGGAUGCGGUCAAUGAUGACCUUGCCCGAUAUGGAUGAAGUGACAAAUUCUGAGUAUUUGCAACAUUGCAAACAGGGAUACUUUGGACGGACGGGAAACGGAACUAUUCCAGUGGGGCCGCCGGGAUAUCCUGAAUCGUACAAGGAGAAGCAUCCGACCCAUAUGUGA